AUGGGCGAUAAGGAGGAGAUAGUCUAUGUGCCCUGCAUCUACAGGAACACAGCCAUUUGCAAACCAGACUACCUAGCCACCAUCGACGUUAACCCCAAGUCGCACACCUACUGCCAGGUGCUGCACCGGCUGCCGAUGCCCAACCUUCGGGAUGAGCUGCACCAUUCCGGUUGGAACGCUUGCAGCAGCUGCUAUGGGGACCCUUCCAAACGGCGGAAUCGGCUGAUCCUGCCCUCGCUGAUCUCCUCCAGGAUCUACGUGAUCGACGUGGGGACGGAUCCCCGAGCCCCCCGGCUGUUUAAGAUGGUGGAGCCGAGUGAUCUGUUUGAGAAAUGUAACCUGGCCAAUCCGCACACCUCUCACUGCCUGGCCAAUGGGGAGGUGAUGAUCAGCACCAUGGGGGAUCCCAAUGGAAACGGCAAAGGUGGUUUUGUCCUGCUGGAUGGAGAGACGUUUGAAGUGAAGGGCAACUGGGAGCAAGACGGGCACGCUGCCCCCUUUGGCUACGAUUUUUGGUACCAGCCUCAGCACAACGUUAUGAUUAGCACAGAGUGGGGAGCACCUAACGCUCUGAUUGAUGGCUUCAAGAUCGAAGAUGUGCAGGCCGGUAAGGGAGUGAGAACGGGAAAUGGUGUUCCUGCUCCAUAACAACCUCCUGUUGUUCGAUACCCACCAACCACCACCCCCCCAUCACUCUCUCCCUCGAGUGGCUAUACAACUUCCCACCUUUAAUGUAUCUCCUCCCCCCACCCCGCGGGAGCCGGUCCCCCGUUCUCCCCCCACCCCAC